GGAGGAGGGGUGUUCUAAGAAUGGGGUCACGUGGGGGAUUCCACUGUGAGGCAGCAAGGAUGAAGGCAGCGGAUUGGUCAAGAGAGGGCAGAAGCAGGUCAGGGUUGGUAAGGCAACCACCAAACAAAACACUCGGAGGAAAACGGGGCCUCCUCUGUGCCCCUCUGCUCACUCCCGAGUGUCUCACACCUGCUGUCUGUCCUGCUGUGUGCAGCCUCCCACUGAUGUGUCUCUGAACCCUGUUCCCAGCCUCUACACGUGCUUUGACCCUAGUACUUUCCUGACUCCCUUCUCCUGCUUCACCCAGGUGCCCACCAUCCCGCUUCCUGCCACAUCGCUUCCCAUUCCCCAUCCCCAUCCCGACCUCCCCACCCCCUUCCCAUCCCCCCCCUUCCCCUCUUCCUAUCUGGUGACUUGGGGCACCCGAGAGCACCAGGACAUGGAGGUGUGCAGGCGGAUCUUCUGGAUGUUCCUGCUGGGGUUUCUCAGUCCCUCCAACUGGAAUAUUGGCUAUGUUGUUGGAUUUUUUCCAAAACCAUUUAACCAGUUACUUCAAGACUAUUCAAAAGAAGAUACUGACUUUCCAUCCAAACUGGUCCAUGUUCCACCUAGCCAUUUUCAUCUUGGACUUCAUUGUUUUGAAAUUCCCUGGAAAUCUAUCAUUAUUGUCUCCUUGGUAAUUUCUGCAUUUUCCAUUUUCUCCAGGAGGACUGGCCUUGCGUAUUCACUGUUAGAACCUGCUGGGACUCCUAGAAAGAAAACUCACACCAAGAAUGACAGCCUCCACGUGAUGGGAAUCCCCUGGCAUUGUGCAGCGUCACCUUUUCCACAUCGAGCCUCCUGGAACUCAUCAGUUACAGCAUCGGUUUUCCGUGGUGUACUGAUCCCCCAUGAGAAUUGUGACUUGGAUAAUGACAGAAAAGCUGAAGACAUGAACAAUCUAGUGAAUGACCUUAUUCAAAGUAUAUAUGCCAAGCUUCCACCUGGAACAGAUCUGAAUGCCCAGAAUCAUGACUUGUCUACAGAGUAUCAUGAUGAAGCCAAGGAAGCCAAGUGGGAAGCCCUGAGGUCCAGCAUAUGUGAACUGGAAGAAGAUAAAAAGAACCUGGAAGAUAGCUGCCAUACAUUGAGCUCUGCAUUGGCAGAAAAGGAGGCUGACUACAAACUACUGAAGAUGACUUUGAAUAGUCUUUAUGAAAACUAUGCACAAAGAAAGAUGACCCUAACAAGGGAGCUGGCAAGGCAGCAACAGGAGCAGAUGGAGAGCGAGAGGCAGCUGUUAGAGAAAGAGGAAAACCUGAAACUGGCUGAAGAGGAGUUACAAAAAUACAAGAGAAAAAUUCAAGAACUGCAGGCACGGCAGGAGCGACAAAGGUCCAUGUUCAGAAACCAGAUAGCCUUUUACACCCAGAAGGAUAGGGAAAACAGGCUCAGGGCCUGUGCUUUUGAGCAGGAGGUGAUGGAAAGGAGGAAGGAGCUGGUCUACUUGCAGCACAGAUGGGAAAUGAUGGAAAUGCAGAGGCUGGCAGAGGGAUCCUGGAGGCGGAUGCCAGCACUGGGACGAAUGACCUGGGGGAGCCCUCCAGGGAGAGUCUUAAAUCUUCUUGCCUUCCAGGACAAGCAUUUUGAAAUCCAAAGAGGAGCCCGAGCCACCCUAAGCAUGCUGUGGCGAUGAUACACAUUGAAGAACUGACCAGUGUGCACUCCUGAAUGUUUUCCCUGCUCCAUGCUGCCUCUUCCCUCUCUUAUUUUUCCUAAAAUUUCCCCUAAUAAACCUCAUGAGAUCCUC